UGCAGGUGUUCUUCCUCUCUGUAGUGAACAAAAAAUCAAGACACCGACGACGGCACACUCAACAGUUAGACACAGACAUAUUACACCGAGACGACUGCGGGUAUGCGGGCGCAGGGAUCGUCGGCCGGCAUGGGCUUCACCAUGGCGGGAGGCGGAGGCUCCCCCGCCGUGCCUGACGCGCUCUUCGAGUCCGCCGCCGACUGCUUCGUGUGCGACAAGAAAUUCCACGCCUUUCGACGCAAGCAUCGCUGCCGGGUACAGUACCGUGAAGACCUGAUUAGACCCCGCCAUUUUCUAACUUUUUGACUCGCUUCCUUAUUUGUGGCAAAAUUUGCAGGCGUGUGGCAAUGCGGUUUGUGGCGGCUGUGCGCGCACCCACAAAGUGAUGCCCAGCUCGACCAUAAUGCGCUACAAUAAUGAGCCUGUACGUGUGUGCGACCGCUGUAUUCGGGAUCAGAAUCAGAUGAUGCUCGAGCGUCGACGCGCUGAGGACGUAGAGCGCGCGAGAGCUCGUCAAGUGGCGGCGCUGGAGGAAGAAGAGCGCCAACGCGAGGCAGAACGUACCCAGAGAGAACGAGAAGUGGCGGAAGCACAGGCUCGACGUGAGAUGAGACUUCGAGCUAUUGAGGAGAAACAUCUGGGCCCACGACCGGAUCUGAGGACGUUAAAGUCAAGAUACUCGAGAAGUCUGGACGACUGUGCACGUGAUGCACCACCUCAGUCGCUAUACUCGAAGGAGCUGAGCUCGUUUAUUGAAGAUGCCGAGAAGAGAUCAGUCGCUUUGGUUGCUAAACCAUACGCGACUGGGGACAUUUUUGAAGAUAAAAUGGACUUGGAUAGCGCGGAGGCCGUGGAGACAACAGUGGUGCAGGAAGCAGAGGAAUGUGCCAUUUGUCUAGAGACUAUGGAUGUCGGAGAUGCGAUUUACACGACGGCGUGUGGACACAGUUUCCACUGGAGCUGUCUCAAGGAUAUUCAGAAGUCGGACUCGAGCAACUACGACAAGUGUCCGUCGUGUCGUGCCACGAUGACAGAAAUGCAGGUCAAGAAGCAGUGUGAUCACCCUCGAGUGCGGCUUGGACACCGGUUUUGUCGUGACUGUGGCGCAGCAGUUACAGAAAGAGACGCCAAGCCUAGAGCUGAUGAGUCUGGUGGCGCAGUGGGCGGAGCAGGUAUGCGGAUGUCGACUCCUUCUGGUGGACCGGACUUGAAUCAACCCGUUUCGUAUCGGGCGAGCUCGCACGGCGCACUUGUACGCUGUCCGCAAUGCCACAUUCAGAUGCGCGUGCUCCCUCACAUGUACAACAUGAGGGUAGCAUGUCCGUCAGGCCACAUGUUCCUGGUUCAGGUUGCUGGACAAGCAGGAAAUGGUGGUGGUGGACGCGGUGGAUACAGCUUUGGAUCGCGUGGAGGACUGGGCGGUUCCCGAGUGCCAUCGCGUGGUAUGAGCAUGGGCUAUCCAGGCUCGUACUACCGCUCCACAAAUGCUUACUCGGAGCUGUAGUAACUUAAGAACCAACAACACCAAGACCAAAAUGUGCGCGCGGCGUGAAGCGAAAGUAGCUCGGCUCGGCGCCAACUCGAUCAGAAGAUAAAGUCUUCUGGCAACGCUUUUUAUACUAGCUUACAAGCAAACUUACUAACAAUUGGACUGUGUGUCCAGUACACACGUGUUAGACAGAGAGGGUUUCCUUGCGGCGAUGAGCAUUGAUAACAAACGCCUUUAUCGUUGGCAAAUUGGUUUUGCGUUUGACAAGUGUUUCCUAGACAAAUCUUGACAAUUCACUAGGAACACUAGGACACGACGAUCUUCACCAUGUACGAAGUCCAUACUGUUUGCCCUCGCACGACCCGGCCGUUGUUUGAAUACAACCAGUCAUCGUUGGUUCGAACAUUCACAAUAUGCGCUUGCGGUUUAAUCUUGGGCACUGGAAUGUCUUCACCAGUGCCUUGAGUAGCCCAGUCCUGGUCGACUGUGGCAAUCGCCUGGACGUAGUACGUUCCAGCUGCCGGGAAUUCGACAUCAGCGUUGAACGAACCCUUGUUGUUGGUUCCCACUUCCAGACCCA